UCACACUAAGCGUAAUUGAUUUGUGCAGCAAAGUUAACAAUGGUUGGCUCCAAUUUUGGCAUCAUCUAUCAUCCGAGUGCUGGCGGUGGCUCUUCGGGGCAAACCAACACGGGAAGCGGCACAGCCUCUGGAGUUGGCGGUGGCAACAGUUUCAAUGCUAUUGCUAGCACUGACCGCACUGCGCCAGCAUCGCAUCUUAGCGAUUUCAUGCUACAACUGGAAGAUUAUACGCCUCUACUUCCAGAUGCCGUCACCUCACAUUAUCUGAAUAUGGGCGGCUUUCAUGCGGAUGACAAGCGCAUUGUGCGCCUUAUCUCGAUUGCAACACAGAAAUUCAUGUCCGACAUCAUUGACGAUGCACUGCAGCAUUCCAAGGCGCGCACCCACAUGCAAAACUCCAGCACACCCGGCGGAUCCAAGGCCAAGGAUCGCAAAUUUACGCUGACCAUGGAGGAUCUGCAGCCUGCAUUAGCCGACUAUGGCAUCAAUGUACGCAAAAUGGACUAUAGCCAGUGAAACUAGGCAAAUGCAUAUUUAAUUAUUUCGUUAAGCUAAGCCCAUGAAAAUGUCAAAGUUCCGUUUCCCCAAUGACGGUUGACGGUUGUGACGUCACAAAAUUGUCCAUACUUUACAGUUGGAAAACAUUGUUGCAAAAUAGGUUGCAAAAUAAAUUUUGACAAAAUA